AUGACAUACGUGGAGCUGGGGAGCUGGGAAAUGCCGAAUGACGGUGGCCUGGAGAUGCACUGCCCCCUGUUGGUUAGUGGUCACCUGGUGUUAGUGGUUACCUGGUGUAAGCAAUCACCUGGUGUAAGUGGUCACCUGGUGUAUGUCCACCUGGUGUUAGUGGUCACCUGUGUGUGGUUACCUGGUGUAAGCAAUCACCUGGUACGUGGAAAGCCACUAUACUUGAGCAAUGACCGCUACUCGAUGCUGGUGGCACAUAUUAAGUGGGCAGAUUAUCCACUUAGUAUUAAGUGGGCAGAUUAUCCACUUAGUAUUAAGUGUGCAGAUUAUCCACUUAGUAUCAAGUGGACAGAUUAUCCACUUAGUAUCAAGUGGGCAGAUUAUCCACUUAGUAUCAAGUGGGCAGAUUAUCCACUUAGUAUUAAGUGGACAGAUUAUCCACUUAGUAUCAAGUGGGCAGAUUAUCCACUUAGUAUCAAGUGGGCAGAUUAUCCACUUAGUAUCAAGUGGGCAGAUUAUCCACUUAGUAUCAAGUGGGCAGAUUAUCCACUUAGUAUCAAGUGUGCAGAUUAUCCACUUAGUAUCAAGUGGGCAGAUUAUCCACUUAGUAUCAAGUGGGCAGAUUAUCCACUUAGUAUCAAGUGGGCAGAUUAUCCACUAAGUAUCAAGUGGGCAGAUUAUCCACUUAGUAUCAAGUGGGCAGAUUAUCUACUUAGUAUCAAGUGUGCAGAUUAUCCACUUAGUAUCAAGUCGGCAGAUUAUCUACUUAGUAUCAAGUGGACAGAUUAUCCACUUAGUAUCAAGUGGACAGACUUUCCACUUAGUAUCAAGUGUGCAGAUUAUGCACUUAGUAUCAAGUGGACAGAUUAUCUACUUAGUAUCAAGUGGACAGAUUUUCCACUUAGUAUCAAGUGUGCAGAUUAUGCACUUAGUAUCAAGUGGACAGAUUAUCCACUUAGUAUCAAUAUCAAGUGGGCAGAUUAUCCAAUUAGUAUCAAGUGGGCAGAUUAUCUACUUAGUAUCAAGUGGGCAGAUUAUCCACUUAGUAUCAAAAGGGGAGAUUAUCCACUUAGUAUCAAGAGGGCAGAUUAUCCACUUAGUAUCAAGUGGGCAUAUUAUCCACUUAGUAUCAAGUGGGCAGAUUAUCCACUUAGUAUCAAGUGGGCAGAUUAUCCACUUAGUAUCAAGUGGGCAGAUUAUCCACUUAGUAUCAAGUGGGCAGAUUAUCCACUUAGUAUCAAGAGGGCAGAUUAUCCACUUAGUAUCAAGUGGGCAUAUUAUCCACUUAGUAUCAAGUGGGCAGAUUAUCCACUUAGUAUCAAGUGGGCAUAUUAUCCACUUAGUAUUAAGUGGACAGAUUAUCCACUUAGUAUCAAGUGGGCAGAUUAUCCACUUAGUAUCAAGUGGGCAGAUUAUCCACUUAGUAUCAAGAGGGCAGAUUAUCCACUUAGUAUCAAGUGGACAGAUUAUCCACUUAGUAUCAAGUCGGCAUAUUAUCCACUUGGUAUCAAGUGGGCAGAUUAUCCACUUAGUAUCAAGUCGGCAUAUUAUGCACUUGGUAUCAAGUGGGCAGAUUAUCCACUUAGUAUCAAGUGGACAGAUUAUCCACUUAGUAUCAAGUGUGCAGAUUAUCCACUUAGUAUUAAGUGGACAGAUUAUCCACUUAGUAUCAAGUGGGCAGAUUAUCCACUUAGUAUCAAGUGGACAGAUUAUCCACUUAGUUAUAAUGCACCAUUUAUGUCAACAUGUAAAGAGUUGUAA